GGCGACGGCAGUAAUGAAGAAUAAGCAUUUCCUCAGAAUGGCUGCUGAGAAGCUUAUGGAAGCCUGCCCGGGCCAGGCCCGGUAUCUUCUCUGGGAGUACACUGCCUCACAGGAUGAAAAGUCUGUUUCAGAAGGCCAAUGUCCAUAUUGCUACCAGUUCCUGGUGCUGGAUAAAUACAGAGUUCGCCUCAAGCCCAAGCCAAAACUAACACCAAAAGUAAAGAAACUUCUUAAUCGGGAAUCAAAAAAUUGUAGACUCACUUUUAAGACAAAGAUUCUUAAAAAGUACUGGGAGUCCAAAAGUAUUCUGUUGGUUACCUGCAAAGCAUGCAACAAAACAGUGAGGUAUAAUGGUGAAAGCAGACGCUACCUGGCAGAAAUGAAAAAUAAUCUUAGCACCCCCAAGAUCAAACCUGGCAUGAAGACACCGGAUAUAAAAGCUUCAGGAUCUACAAAGAAAAAGAAGAAAUCCUUCAGUAGUAAUAAAUCUGGUUCCAAAGACAAUAGUCCAGCAUUGAUUUUCAGAACACCUACAUCUGGACAGUCAACAUCCGGUUCCUCCUCAAAGAGUCUCAGCAAAAUGAAGCAUCAUUUAUCUCAGCUGAAAAUGAUGCUUAAUAGUGAAGAAAGCCAAAAGACCCCAUCAAAGGAUUUCAGAAAUUUCUUGUCCUUACUUUAAACAGUGAAUUUGGUGAUGGACAUUAAUAGUUGUUGACAUUGGAGCAGUUGCAGAGGGGGGGGGUCUGCUUUGUCCUCACAGCAGCAAACAAUUCUCUUUGACAUCCUUUUCAGUACUCUUUAACUGAUAUUUCUGGAGUGCCUGGCACAUAGUAAGAACUUAAUAAAUACCUACUGAGUUGUGCUUGGCCUCCCUGGGAAGGAUAAUACCAUGGGAAUGCAUAGCUGACAUGACAUAUGAAGUCACAUUCCAGCUUUAAUGUGUUAUAUAUUUAACAUGGGGUAAGGUUGGAG